UCUAUCGAGAAACUUUCACAGCUACAAAAUAUGAAGUCUGUCGUUGCUCUGUGCUUUUUGGCCGCUUUCCUGGUGGUGAGCGUGAACGCCGAUGCUGGUCGCUCUGCCUGCAAGGAUGAGUCGGAAAUUGGACAGACCUUCACGCACCAUUUCGAUGCCGCCAAGUACUGGCUGUGCGAGACCCUGGGAACUCCAGCCACCGAAGUGGACUGCCCCAAGGGACUGGCCUACAUGCACCUGCUCAAGGAGUGCAUCCCCUGGGCCAGCUACAUCUGGAAGAAGCCCGAGAUGCCACCAACUGUGGCCUAAAAAUAAAUGACACAGCCGUAUAACAUUGAGAACUGCAA